AAGAAUUGUUUAUGGAAAACUUCCAUAGAUAUUUCAUAAUAAAUAUGAGAUAUCCCACAAUAGAUUUCUUCGUAAAACUAUUGUCACCGGCGAUACCCUUACGGGAUGUCUCACAGAACGAUGUGGGUCAUCCAAUCAAGCGUUUCCCGUGUUCGCUAUAAAAAGACCAUGCUUGGCUUUUCGCUGCGCACAUGCAAGUUGUUAAGGGGUACAGUGGCAGCAGUUGCUAGUGAAUAGCAUGAGGAACCUUACAAAACUGUGUCUCCUUAUGGGAAUCACCCUGUUUGCCCCGCAGGUAUCAGCCACUAUGUUGGUGUUUGGUAAACACACGGACAAUACGUGCACUAUUCGCGGUGACUGGAGGUACAUCAAGCAAAUUGAUGAAUCCAUUGGCGAGGUAUUCCCGGAGAUUAAUAACAGGGAUUCCUUCUCAUUGGUUGACAUUCGCAAGUCUCCCACUGAAGUGCUAGAUCUCCUAGUUCGCUAUAACUACAAGGUGACGGCAGCUAAUACAAUAGGCCACGACACGCUUUGGACCUUGCAGAAAAGAAGGGAAGAAUUAAAGAACUAGCUGCACAACAUUUACAUCGAUCCGCUACAAACUGUGCAAAGAAAAUGGGACCAAGCAGGCAAACGAUUAAGCUGUAUUUUUUGAAUUCGAAGUUUGUGUGUAAAAUGUAAAAUGUGAGAAAUAAAUAGAACUUAUAUAAGCAA